AUGACUACAGCUGCUAAGACUGUUUCUGGUUCUGCUCCAGUUUUAUACAAGGUGGAAGCUUUGACUCCACAAGAAAUUGCUUACUUACAAUCCUUGGCGCCUGCUGUCGCUGAACAUGGUGUUACCAUUACUUCCACCAUGUACAACUAUAUGUUUCAAACUUACCCACAAGUUAAGUCUUACUUCAACCAAACAAAUCAAUAUACAAAGAGACAACCCCAGGUUUUGGCCUUUUCUUUAUUCCAAUAUAUUUCCCACUUGGGUGACUUGACUCCUUUGACUGCAUUCGUCAACCAAAUUGUCGCUAAACAUUGUGGGUUGGAUGUUCAAGCUGAACAAUAUACCGUUGUUGAAAAGUGUCUUAACCAUGCUUUCAAGUCUGUUUUGGGCAAUGCGGCUGAUGAACAAUUCUUUCUGGUUUUCGGUAAGGCAUAUGGUAACUUGGCUCAAUUGUUGAUUAACGCCGAAUGGGAAUACUACAAGGGUUUACAAUGGGUAGGCUUUAAGGAAUUCGAAGUUUCUCGUAAGGAAUCCGAAUGUGGUGAUGUUGUAUCCAUUUACUUGAGCCCAAAGGAUGGAAGUCAAUUACCAAAGCCAAGACCAGGUCAAUACGUUGGUUUAAGAUGGAACAUUGAUGGUGAGGAAAAUUCUAGAGAAUAUCUGAUCUCCCAAAUUCCAAAGUCCAAUGAGUACAGAUUAUCCAUUAGAAAGAUCGAUGGUGGUAUUGUAUCAGAAUUUGCUCAUAACGAAUUGAAAGUGGGUGAUUCUUUGAAGGUCACUGCACCAGUUGGUAACUUUAUUUACGAUGGUGUAUCUCCAAAGGAUCUCGUAUUGUUUGCUGGUGGUAUUGGUAUUACUCCAUUGAUCUCUAUUGCUGAAGCUGGCUUAAAGGACGGUAAGAAGGUUACUUUGUUAUACUCCAAUAGAUCUGCUGAACACAGACCUUUUGGUGACUGGUUGGAAGAGUUGAAGGCCACAUACCCUGAACAAUUCACCUACAAGGAAUUUCUCAACAACAAGGGUGAAAACUUGUCUGCCAACGACAUCAAGUCCGUUGCAACUUCUGAAAAGGAUGUCUACUUAUUGGGUCCCGUGGAAUACAUGGACUUUGUCAAAACUGAAUUAGAAAAUAACUGUGUUACUGAUGUCAAGUUGGAAUUCUUCGGACCAACAAAGGUUUAA